UAUUUUAUUAUUUUAGUUUCAGAAGAUAUUGUGCUGAGGUUUUACAAACUGAAAAAAUUUCAAAUGGUCUAUGGCUCUUCAUUUUUCUUGAGCAAACUAAUAAUACUCAAAGUGCUUUAACUAAUUUUUAAUCUUCUUUUCUAUUACAGCCACAAAAUGUUUCAGGAAUAGGUGAGCUGGCUCUUGGUUCCCUCAUGCUUGGGGCAUCAAAUACAUUGCUGAAUGCUGACCAUUAUGAUGUCUAUUUCAAAGGAAUGCCUCUAUUGAAUGGAAAGGUUUUACGGAGGCAUGGGGAUGUAUUUGACCGUACAGCUAGAGGAUACUAUCAUGCACAUGGUCGUGCAGACGACACAAUGAACCUUGGGGGAAUCAAGGUGAGUUCGGUUGAGAUUGAACGCAUAUGCAAUGAAGUAGAUAACAGUGUUCUGGAAACAGCUGCGAUAGGAGUUCCACCUUCUGGUGGUGGACCUGAGUUGUUGACUAUAGUUGUUGUAUUCAAGGAUGCAAAUUUUGCAAAGCAAGAUUUACACCAAUUGAGGAUAUCUUUUAAUUCAGCUCUCCAAAAGAAACUAAAUCCACUGUUUCGGGUAUUGAUCAUUUUCCUAUUAGAAGAGUACUAUGAAUAA